AUGGUGCUGGCGCCAUGCUGGGCCCGAGGGCGCCAUCUUAGAAGAGGCACAAAGGGCGGCCAGAAGCGGAAAUGGUGCUGGCGCCAUGCUGGGCCCGGGGGCGCCAUCUUAGGAGAGGCAAAAGGGCAGCCGGAAGCGGAAAUGGUGCUAGCGCCAUGCUGGGCCCGAGGGCGCCAUCUUAGAAGAGGCACAAAGGGCGGCCAGAAGCGGAAAUGGUGCUGGCGCCAUGCUGGGCCCGAGGACGCCAUCUUAGAAGAGGCACAAACGGCAGCCGGAAGCGGAAAUGGCCUGAGCCCGAAGGCGCCAUCUUAG